AUGCGCUCGCGUAUACUGCCAGCACCUUCUCCCACUCCAAUCACCUCUCCCAACCACAGCCUAUCGCAUCGCAGACCCCGCGUGUCCGCUGAGCACGCAUUAAGUCGUGUGCGAGAGAAUCAAAGACGCCAUCGCACGCGCCAAAAAGACCAUGUUGUCUCUCUCGAACUCAAAUUGGCAGAGACGGAGAGACAACUAACAGCAGCUCGAGCGGAGAUCGUUGCCUUGAGACAGGAGCGCGACACGGCUAAUGCAUUCGCAUGCUACGAUAUCUCAGAACACUUCAAUCUGCGUGAAGAGCAAGUAGAUAGCGGCAUGGCGAAAACGCCAUCAGUUGGCUCUCCUCUCGAGUCACUUUCUCCCGAUGCACAUGUUGCUCUUCCUGCUCCAAGCACUGUCGCGUCACCUACGGUGUUUGCUGCAUCCCUUCCGAUCCUGCUCCCGCCGACACCCUCCUUACCCGGUCCGCCGCCCUGCUGCACCGAUAACCUGCCAACCUCUCUCCCCACCCCAUCGUCAGACAGCAUCGCGCCCCUGGACCCAGAAUGUUGCACCUGCAAAACACGUCCUCCGCCUAGUCCAUCGGAGAGCACCACGUUGUGUGCGCAGGCGUUUGUGAUGAUUUCGCAGCAGAACUUCCGCAACUUGGACCCAGACAUGAUUAGGCUUUGGCUAAGUCAAGGCUAUCGGAGGGCGGUCAGUUGGAAUACAUCAGGGGAACUUGAGAUGUUGAGGGGUCGCGCGGACCGUAUGAGAUAA